AUGUUACGCCGACGAGAUCGCCGACUUCUGCAGGAUUCAAAAGUCAUCCCUACAGACCAGAUCGCCGCCCAACACCAUCUGCUCGUUAUGGACUUAAAAAUCUCCCGUCCAAGGAAGAGACAUCCAAGAACUCAAACACAGCGCAUGAAAUGGUGGAAUCUGAAGGAUCGAAAGGAAGUAUUUUUUGCGUCCGUGGCUGCAUCUGCACUUCCCCACCCUACUCUUAGUGUGGAGGAAAUGUGGUCGUCUACUUCCAGCGUUAUACGCUUGACCGCGAAGAACACUCUGGGAAAGACGACUCUAGGUAAGCCCAAAGUACAAAAGGCUACGUGGUUUUGGAACGAGGAAGUUCAGGCGGCAAUUCGUGAGAAGUAUAAGCUCUGGAUCUCUGGACUGCUACAAGGCUGUGUACGACAUGCUUGA